CACAAAACUUUACACGCCACAGCGAGCGCUUUCCUGACGCUAACCACAGUCUGCUGACUUUAUCUUUACACGCUUCUUUUCUUUAUUUUUCCCGAUGCUGGGAAGUUAACGAGGGAAGUUUUUUGGCUAGCUGUGCCGGUGAAGUCUCAUCAUCAGGCGGACGGGUUGAACGCUGGUGUCUAUUUGGGGGGUGUGACAGCACUCUCCAUACAGCUGUGCCGGCCUUGUUUAUGCGCAGAACAGGUUACUUUACGGAGCGGUUUAGCGAAGGACACACACCGGCAUGUUUUUGAGACACAUGCAGACACCGACUGUCCGCCUUUACUGAGGAUUUGCUGGUCAGAACCGCUGCCUAAUUUGAGCUGAAUGAGUUGCUGAAUGCGGUUCGGUGUUUUGUUGAUAUUCAUCCAUCAAACAGGGCAACUACUGAGAAGUAGCUUUUUUAUGACAUGAAUGACAAACAGGACAGGCCUUAUGUGUGCGGCGCCCCAGGCUGCUCUCAGCGCUUCCAUUUAGAGGAGCAUCUGAUCAUCCACAGACACAAGCAUGAGAUGACCCUCAAGUUCCCCUCUAUCAAGACAGACACAGCUUUUACAGAUCAGACUCCAACACCAACAAGAUUUUUGCAGAACUGUGAAGAAGUUGGCCUGUUCAAGGAGAUAGAGGAGGAGUUUCUUCAAGCACAAGAAGAGGAAAAGAGUAAAGAGACACUUUCUCACAAUGGGCCGUCCUGUAUGAAUCAGCUCAAACCCCAGCUUCAGCUCCAGCACCCGCAUCCCCAGCCACCGCUGCACCAUCCUCAGACCCAUCCCCUGCAGCAUCCACAGUCUCAUGGCACCAUGAUCGGCCCAAGCUGCAGCCUGGCUGCCCAGCAAUCUUUAUCCUCCUCCCAGUCUGGAUCAGUCAUCACCCAGGCUACGUCCACACUCACUCACUCUGGGCCAGUUCCCGGGUCGCUAUCCUCCCUUCUCCACAUGCGGAACAGACACAGACAACCGCUGCCAGCCUCCUUACCUGGCACCCUGCCAGACCCUGCCAUGCAAGGGGCAUCUGCUCAGCACAUGCCUAUAGAGAAGCAGAUGUCGUGUAUAAUGGGUAUACCGGGUCCUGUACACAACCCCUCCUGUUCCUCGCCUCAGAGAUCCAAACAGACGCUGGGCCACCAUUUCCAACAGCAUCACCCAGGAAUGGUCACCAUCAACAAUCCUGUGACGUCCAUGGGUCACAUGAUGGAGAUGAUGUCACAGCGUCAUCAGGCACCUCCGCUGCAGCACCACCAUCAUCCUCCUCCUCCACCUCCUCAUCAGUCUCAGCUUUCAGCGCCCCCCCUCGCCUACCAACACCGAUGCCAUGCUCCACCUCCGCAGCAUCCGGGAAGCGCCCACAGCCACCAGCUUCACCAGUCAGGGAACGUAACGCACGCUCAGGCUCACCAAUCACCGCCUCCCCAUCUGCACCAGGGCUCACCUCCUGCACCUCCUCUGUGUGUUCCAGCACAGUCAUCUCCAGUUGCACCGCAGAUACAGCCUCCCCAGCCAUCCCACUCCCAGCAUGCAGUGCAGGCAGGUGGUAGCUGUAACAGUGGAGGUGGAGGGGGUGGAGGGGGUGGAGGAGGAGUAGGAGGCGGCAGCCGUCGCAGGAGGACGGUGGAGCAUGACCCUGAUGAGCGCAGACAGAAGUUUCUGGAACGUAACCGGGCAGCAGCCACUCGCUGCCGACAGAAGAGGAAACUGUGGGUGUCGUCACUGGAAAAGAAAGCUGAGGAGCUGACGCAUACGAACCUGCAGCUACAGAACGAGGUGACGUCAUUGAGAUCGGAGGUGGGUCAACUGAAGCAGAUUCUGCUCACCCACAAGGAUUGUCCUGUCACCGCCCGGCAGAGAGAGGCACAGGGGUACCCCACUGCAGGGGUGAGUCCAGGAGGAAGUCCCACCCCUGUAGGUCCUGGGUCUCAACUGCAGCUCAUCCAACACAACAGCGUCUCCACCUCCUCGGCAGCCGUGGGCGACACAGGGCACGACUCCCAGCCUGGACGCUAGCCCUCUCCGUGUAGAGGAGCGGGGUGGGAACUGAAUGGCUGAAUCCUACCAGACUGAAUUACCUUUAUUAAUUAACUUUACUAAAGUCUCACUCAGCUGUGGAUUUGUGUCUCUUUACAUUGUAGAUGAAAUACUAGACUGGUCAGGUGAAUUUAUUAAGCUAUGUGAACAGUGAACAUUUUUUUCAACAUCAUUUUCACUUCUGGUGGGAGAAGAGAACCACAUACUGAUACAUUUCCAUAACUGGUGAAAAAAUGAACUUAUCUGAAAGCCUUGUAAAAACUGUGAUGGUUACAUGGCAACUGGAUCCUGUGUUUAUUCAAAAAAUGUCUGUUUCUGUUCACAGCAAUCUAACUAUUGCUUGCUACCCACUGACUAUGCACACACCCAGUAAUAACACAUCUUUUCAGUAUUUUUGCUCUUGUAUCUUGCACUCAUUUUGGAAAAAAAACAAGGCCUAUGUAUUAGUUUUAUAUUUCUAACUGAGCAUCUGCAAGUGCACACUUUAUGCCUUCUCUUCUGAGCAGCUUAUCAAAACUGUAUUUUUCUACAAAUACUUAAUACUAAGAAGAAAAAAAAUGUUUAUUUUAAAAGUUCAAAUCAAAACUCAUGUUUGUCUUGGAAAGCCAUUUAAGAGUAUUUCCUUUCAGACACUUUUUUCUAACUGUUCUAAGACACUAAACAUAAACACUAAAUUAUAAACCGCACCUCAUGUCUCAGUCCUUGUCAGUUAUUAAUAAUAAAUAACACUUUUGCUGGUAA